AUGGAUGGAACUCCUACCAUUCGCAUCAACUCGCACUCUCACGACCACCGCCACUGUAGUCCGCCGCCUCCCUCCCGACAUUCGCCGCAGCAUUCACUGCAUGCGCCGGCGUCGCCGAUGUCCAUCCCGCAUGCCGCACAAGACUCUACUCCGGUGCCACCGCCCUUGCCGCCGCCUGCCAACCUGUACGAGGACCUGACGCCCCAAGCGCAGCAGAAAGAAUGGAUUUUCUUCAACAAGGAAUAUGUCGAUCAGCACUGGACUGAUUUUGGCAAGGCCGCCACAGUCAGGCCCGGCUCGAGCUUGCUGGGCGGCUCCAAGUCGCAUACUGUCGAUCAAGGCGAUGGGCACGCGCAACAUCAUGAAGCGGAUGCCUCCCGGAGAGGCAGCUCCAUGUCUACCAUCGCGGCGCCGCAUCGUAAUUCUGAAGCAAUGAUCGAUCCUUGCGACAACGAAGACUCGAAACUCUCUGGCUACAGUGAGCGACAGCUGGAACAAAGGUCACUCAGCACUUCGUCGCAAGCUUACGAUAGGAACCUGCUCUCAAAAAUCGGCGGACCGAAUACUCCAAAUAGACUUUCGCUUUCCGGCGGCCCAGAAACCUCAGGCGCCGUGUCCCCCGGAGCAGAGUCCAGCGCAGAAACCACGGCCAGGCAUCUUUCGACCUCGUCGUCCUCUCACCNNUCCGAGAGACGCCAUCCUUCGGUCGAUAGUUCUACCUUCAGGUGGUCUGUCUCCAGUGCUGUCUCGCCCGGACCAUUCCGCAAUCCCAACUUCAAUCCGGAGAACAGCCGACCGACAGCAUUGCGCCAUUCGAGUUUUCAGUUCGACGACAGCUCGUCGCAUCGUGGUAGUUAUGACCAGUCCAUGUUCUUGAAUGAGGAGUUUUCUACAGAGGAGGGCCAGAUGAAGGACCUGAACCUCAACGACCGCGACGAGUUCCAGCUUAGCGCAAAGCCAGGCAUGAAGAGACGCGCUUCGUCGCCGCAUAGAGAUUCAUUGCGCGAAGACCGCUCUUCCAUUAGUAGCGCCCCUGAUGGCGGCGACUUAUACACACGUCGCUCCUUACAACAAUACCCUAAUCGUAAUCCGUCCAUAUCGGCGUCGAGGUAUGCGCCGAGUCAUCAUGGCUCAAUAUCUUCUGCCUCCUCAUACAAUCCCCGCAACGGCUCAUUGGCUUCAUCAUACACACUAUCUGUCUCUAGCAGUGCGACGAGCUAUGCUUCUGGACGUGUCUCGCCUGGCAUGAUGUCGCCUGCCAUAAUCGAUCCGGAACUUGGAGCCAUGGGCUACAUGAAUGCUAAACCCCUGAACCAUCAAAGUCCUGCGCCUCAGCAAAUAAUGCCGCCUUAUACUCGCACUCUAUCCGACACUCCUAUACACAAUGUUCUCCAAACUCCUGUCGAUAGCGCACCACCAUCACGUCACAACAGCUUGCCUGGUGUACAAGGUAUCUUCAUUUGUGACUGUUGUCCCAAGAAGCCAAAGAAGUUCACUAGUGAAGAUGAUUUGAGAGCCCAUCAUAUGGAGAAGCAAUACUCCUGUCUCUACUGUCCGAACCGCUUCAAAAACAAGAACGAAGCGGAGCGGCAUCAAAACUCACUACAUCUGCGUCGUCAUUCGUGGUCCUGUGCGGCUCUCAACACGAUCGAGACAGCCUUUCACACAUCACCUAGCACGAACGGUGCAAUGGAUACCUGCGGCUACUGUGGUGAUGAAUUCCCCAACCCACCAGACUGGAAUCAGCGACGCGACCAUGUCCUUACAACACACAAAUUCGGCGAGUGCAACCAAGCAAAGAAGUUCUACCGCGCCGAUCACUUCCGUCAACACCUUAAACACAGCCACGCCGGGACAAGCGGUAAAUGGACAAACAUGCUUGAGACGACGUGCAUGCGGGAUGAACCACUACCACAACCAAUGUCAAUGGCAGGGAAUGUGCACAGUAGUGGUACGUCAACGAUGCCCAUGAUGGGUAUGGCGAACACAGCGGGGCCGCCUAUGUGCAGCAAACCAGAGGUGAUUGCAGAAAUGCCGCAUGAAGCAUGA